ACGCUCUACUGCAGGUAGAAUAGCCUCCAGAUGUGAGUUUAACCAAAACAACGAUCAACUGCAGGUAAAACACUAUUCAGCGGUGAGUUUAACAACGCUCUACUGCAGGUAGAACAGCAUCCAGAUGUGAGUUUAACCAAAACAACGAUCAACUGCAGGUAAAACACUAUUCAGCGGUGAGUUUAACAACGCUCUACUGCAGGUAGAACAGCAUCCAGAUGUGAGUUUAACCAAAACAACGAUCAACUGCAGGUAAAACACUAUUCAGAGAUGAGUUUAACAACGCUCUACUGCAGGUAGAAUAGCCUCCAGAUGUGAGUUUAACCAAAACAACGAUCAACUGCAGGUAAAACACUAUUCAGCGGUGAGUUUAACAACGCUCUACUGCAGGUAGAACAGCAUCCAGAUGUGAGUUUAACCAAAACAACGAUCAACUGCAGGUAAAACACUAUUCAGCGGUGAGUUUAACAACGCUCUACUGCAGGUAGAACAGCAUCCAGAUGUGAGUUUAACCAAAACAACGAUCAACUGCAGGUAAAACACUAUUCAGCGGUGAGUUUAACAACGCUCUACUGCAGGUAGAACAGCAUCCAGAUGUGAGUUUAACCAAAACAACGCUCAACUGCAGGUAAAACACUAUUCAGCGGUGAGUUUAACAACGCUCUGCGGUGCGUGCAGUAAGCAGUUUAAGCGUUUUCUGCCAGGUCACAGGGUAAGUGACUAAUUAUAGGUGAUGCAUGCUGGAUAAUGUUUAUUUUUAUUUUUAUAGGAGUCUGGUAUUGAUAAAUAAAUGCACAUAUGCUUGUGUUCGAUUAAUCAAUGUCUUGUUUAUUUAUUUAUUUAUUAAAUAUCCUCUAAAUUAAUAACUCUGACGUCAUUGUAUGGCGCGAUCGUGAUCCCGAGGUUCAUUGCGUUUUUCCCUUUCCACUCGGUCCCUCAAAUUUGCCAGCAAAAAUUAUCUUUAUUCUAACACUCCACCACAUACACACACACACACACACACACAAAUAAAUAACAAAGGCACUUUUAAGAGUCACGUUCGUCUUGUUCACCUUUACCCAUCACCUGUACUCUCUUCAGCUCUCUUUCUCGCUCCCCUCUCCUCUCUUUGUCUCUCUUUGUCCCCCCUCCCUGUAUAUUUAUUUAUUUGUCCAUCUCUUUGUUGUGAGUCUUUCUGUCUGUUUGUUUUUCUGUCCAUCACUAUGUCCAUGAGUGAUUCAGAAAUCCAAGAAAAUCUAAUGGUCUUGGAUAACUUGGUUGAUCAUCAAGAACUGAAGGAUGAGCUCCAAAGUCUUGAUGACUUUCUUGGUGAGCUGCAAGAAGAGGAGGCGGCAGCAGCACCAUCAAAGACACCUGAGCCAAGGCAACCAAAGGUGCACUGGAGAAAAAGAGACGUGCAUGGAAAUAUUGUCUAUGCAAGGCCGAGAUCAAGCAGGGAUCAGUCAAAAAAGGCUGAUCACAUUCAGAACACUGAUCCUACCUUCAAUGCUCCUGACACUAACUGUGAGGUGGCCUAUGCUCCAGAGACUGUUGAGUGUUUUCUACAAGAUCUCCAGCACUCACUGAGGGAUUCCUCAGGUGAUGAGGCAUCACCUCUUGGAACCCCAAGAGAUCCUCUUCUGGCAUCUUCGAACUGGGGCAUUCGUCAGAGUCUCUUUUCAGAGAGGUGGAGGGCAGAGAGACCCCGUCUGGUAAACACGGCUGCAGCAAAAGAAAGUGUGGCAACACACAUCUGCCAGCAGUGUUGGAGCAGUCCAGCAGUUAUCCGGUGCAGUGACUGUCGACCACACCCCUUCUUCUGUGCUGAAUGUGACAUCAGCAUGCACACCAGACAUGUCCUCCACAAUAGAGAUGCCAUGACUGCUGGCUUCUUCCAGCCAUUGCCUCCAACCCAUGUCAUUACACACAUUUGUGUCCUUGUAUACAACCAUGAUUGCAGAUCUAGCUCUUCCCAAUGCCUCUAG